CAACCGACCAUGGCCGGAUUCCAACUUUUGCUGCUCCACAUUCGACGUGACUUUCAGGUGACCGAGAUGAGCAGCCGCGAGGGGCCGGAAAAAACGAUCUGAUCUGUCGCCUGUGCCUGUGCGCACUUUGCCAGAAAGUUGGUUGUGCAGCAUUCACUCCCGAUCCAGAGCUUCUCUUUCCAGCAGCGUCCGCACAGCCGCCAACCCACAGAGACAUGCUGAUCCAAAGCAGAUCCCUGGCCUUCGUCGUCGCGAGCGGGCCGUCACGCUCGAUAAGCAGCAUCGCCCUGUCAGGUCCGCUCCGAUAUCGACCGGGCGCAUCGAUCUCGAUUCUUCCAGCGCUGUCCACCUGGUCUCGGCCGACGACACCGCACUCACCGUUGCCGCGAUACUAUAGCCGGGCACCACUCCAGUCGACCGAUCCUGCCACAGAGGAUGUACAGACCUCGCCGCAGACUUCCGAAAAGACAGCCGACCCUUUUCCCGACGCUGCGAAUGUCAUGUCGAAAUGCGAGCGUGAAACAACACCCAGACCAGAGGCCACCAGCACGAAUAUCAGCAGCGGCGGCAGCAGUACAGCCACGGCAACCGCCGCAACCGCCGCAACCGAACGACGGCGCCAGCUCGAGCUGGAGGCGAUGAAGCUGCUGGAGGAUAUGAAGAGUCUGCCUGCUUACAAGCUGCUUCCAAAGGGUCGACACAGUCCCCACGCUAGCCGAAAUCCGAUCGUACUCCAUAAGCCGUAUGUCUACCCGCUCGACCCGCAUCAGCUCCCGUGGCCGCAGAACAGCGCCGCGCCGCUGUCAUUGCCGGCAGCCCAGAUCGUCCAGCACCCGUGGUAUCGCACGGUCGAGCGGCUCGAGUGCAAGCCCGACCACCCAGAGUCCGAUCGCAUCAAGGCGACGUUUGACCGCUUUCUCGAAUCGCCGUCCUCGGUCGAUCUGCGCGAGCUCGUAUGGAUCGUUAAGGACCAAACCAACGCGCUCUACUGUCUCGACCGCGACCAGGCAUGGACGCUGUACUCGCACAUUGCCGAGAAGAAUGCGCUAAUGUCGCUGGAUGCUGCCGAUUGGGUGCGGCUGGUGCGGCGGCUGCACUCAUCGAUCCUGCAGGCCAUGAAGAAGCACGGCUGCGUUCCGACCGCCGAAUUCUACGCCAUCAUUUUCCGGCCCUUCAAGAACGACCACAAAAAGAUCCUGCAGAUCCAUUCGUACAUGCUCCAGGAAGGCCUGAAGCAGGACCCGAAAAACCUGGCCGGCCUCCCCAUCAGUGAUCUCUCCAUCCGGACGAUGCUGGCCCUCAUGCUGCGGAGCAAGCACUCGUUCCCAAAAUCACUCAGUGUCGGCACCGAACUAUGGAGAUUCGCCAAGCAACGAAGCAUGCCACUGUCGAUGGAGACGUGCCUGGGCUUCCUCGAGCUACCGCUUGAUCCAUAUCAGCAGUCGGAGCUGUCGCGGGAGCAGGAGCUCGUGAUGGAUGUCUACCGGUACAUGAACAUUCUCCGGGCCAAAGAGCCUCGGGUCUGGGACCAAUCUGUGACCGAGGCCGUCCUGCGCACGUUUGCAGCCGUGUCUCUCACCAAGCCAGCCAAGGGUAUCUGGGAAGACAUUCAGAAGCCCGAGUCGACGAUCCCAAAAACACUCCAAAUGUACAAAUCGAUGCUCAAGGUCUAUGUCGAUGAAGAAAGUUUUAGCCGGGCAUCAGCUCUCGGGCACGAAAUGACCAGGAGGCAGUAUGCUUUUGACGACGAAAUCAACGAGCUGCUUCUGCUGGCGUACCAAAACAUGGGUGAUAUAGACUCGAUACGCCAGAUCAUCCACACGAACCUGUCGGCCGCCUCUGCAGAGCUUGUCCCCGAGGCCCUUGACGCCAGCGAAAGCUCUAGGGCAACAUCAAAGUCCUAUCAGGCCCUCGUCAAGACUUAUGUGAAGAUGAAGCAGUGGGACCGAGCACAGAGCGCCUACCGGGAGCUUGAAGCCGAGCUUCUGCAAGAGCGCACCCGCAACGAACAGAGCGGCGUCUACAAAGAAUUCGAGUCCGUCAAGGCCAAGCUACCCCGCAGCAUCGUCGACUCUGCCCAGAUCAGCAACGAGAUUGAGGUGACGGACGUGGCCCACCGCGGAAGCUCGCUGGCAACGGUGCCGCUCUCGAUCUACAAAGAAUUCAUCACGAUCCCACAUCGCUCAACCCAGGCAGCGUACGUUUACACGCUCGCGCGCCGCCUGGAUUUUGCCCGACUCGACAGGUUUUUCAGGGCCAAGGUCGUUACCCCGGAGGCGCUACGGUACCAUUGGUUCGUCCGAGCCAAGGUCCAAUACGCCACCUAUCUGAGCCAGCUGAAGCAUCUUGAUCAGGAGACCAAGGCCACGCGCAACAAACGGAAGCAAGGCAGCGAGUCCAUGACCAACAUGGACACCCUUAAGGCCAAGCACCUCAACGCAAAGGGCGAGUUCUGUGUGUGCAUCGACGACGCUGUCGGCUUCAGCGGACCCUUCAAGUCCGUCUACCAGAGCCUGAAGGACGGUGUGCUCGACUACACCAAGGACCUGGAAGAGCAGUGCAAGGGCAAGUCGCUCGGGCAGCUCGAUGGCCCAGGCACCCCGGGUGUCACGGCCGAGUCGUCGAUCUCGGUCAUUGUCGCUGAUAUGGAUCGAUUCACUAACGAGAUGGUGAGGUACGAGACCAAGCUGGCCUAUCAAAUCACCUUGAACGAGUUCAAGAUCCGCACAAAGCUGCCGCGAGCCAUCGCCCCGGUCGAGAGCGGAAUGGUAGAUACGGCCUCGAUCUCGACCUCCGGCUCGGGCUCAGCCCGCGAGCUUCCCCCAAAAAGCGGCGGCGCAAAUGACGCGGUUGCCUCAUCCGGGCCAGACGACUAUCCGGCUCUCGAGCCAGAUCUCUUGGACUUGGAAGCGGAGGAGCUCGAAUUCCUCGAUGAGAUCGAUAAGGCCCGAGAACCACCUGGAACCCAGCCGAAGCGCAACCGAGGCCGUGACCGGUCGGGCAGCCGGACUUCCAGGCGCGCGUAGAGUGAACAGAGCUGUUGGAGGAAGGCGCACCCAUCUUGCUGAGCGCACCCAGUCACUGCCGCACGGUCUGGACGCAGAGUGGGUUUCAAGAUGCGACACGCUCUGAGAUAAAAUUCGGUGGAUGGGUUUGAACAAUAAAACGUAGUUCACCCGAAACGCCCAUGGCAGCACACUGGCACACACGACAUCCAUGCUCGGUGGGUCGUCAGUGUUCGCCGGGCC